UAGCUAUAAAGCCAGGCUCUCAGCCGUCGGCGAUUCAGUUUGAAACUUUUACUUCGCCGCGAUAUAUUCCAAUAUGCUCAAGUAUCUGAUCGUCGCUCUGGCCCUGUGCGCUGUGGCCCAUGCCGAUGACUGGAAGCCAAAGACCGGCGAGGAGAUCAGGCAAAUCCGCGUGGAGUGUCUCAAGGAGACUCCGCUGAGCAGCGAAGCCAUAUCCCAGCUUAAGAACCUGAUUUUCCCCGAUGAACCAGAUGUACGCCAAUACUUGACCUGCACCGCCACCAAGUUGGGCAUCUUCUGUGACCAGCAAGGAUACCAUGCCGACCGCCUGGCCAAGCAAUUCAAGAUGGACCUGUCCGAGGAGGAGGCUCUGCAGAUCGCCCAGGGCUGCAUCGACGACAACUCCCAGAAGAGUCCCACGGACGUGUGGGCCUUACGGGGACACCAGUGCAUGAUGGCCAGCAAGAUCGGGGACAAGGUCAAGGCCUUCGUGAAGGCCAGACAAGAGGAGGCCAAGAAGAAUGCUUCUGCCUAAAAGUCCUCUUGUUUGAUUGACAAGAUUGAAAACAAAGAUAAUGAUGUAAAAGAAUAAUAAAAUAGGUUAAAAAUAUAAAA